AUGGAAGCGUCUACUCCAGAAAUUAUUCCUGCUCAAUCUGAUACUCCUGAAGAUACUCCGUCACCGUCCCCUGGACCACAAAAUAUGACCAAGUUCAAUUGGCUAAAGCAUUCUAGACGCAACAACCCGUUCGUGAAGUCUAGACCUUCGUUGACCAGGGACAAUUCCUCAGCUGAUCUCGUUUCCAGACAGAGCUCCAGCAGCGAUUUCUUCCAGAAUUCCAGGAUGAAUCUUUUCGAAACUCUCCCGAAACCCGAGGGGCAGAAUCAGGGAUAUAUGAAGGGAGUUUCGUUCAUCGGCUGGCAUCAGCGUACGAAGUUAGAACGAGUGCUACUAGUGACGACAGCUGUCCUCUUCUUGGGUAUAUUGUUGACCGCUACGUUGUUCCUAACAACACGAGGGACUGCAUAUUUACCAGUGCCUCCGUGUUACCAACCAGAGACCAAAGAUGCCAGUGUAUGUCUGUCAAGUUCGUGCAUAUAUACUGCGAGUGAAGUGAUAAGAGCCCUGGACACCAAUCAGGACCCAUGCGAUGACUUCUACGAAUUCGCCUGCGGAGGUUGGAUCAGGAACAACCCUAUCCCCGAGGGUAAAUCCACUUGGGGCAUCUUCAGCAAGAUAGAACUGCAGAACCAACUCAUCAUUCGCUAUGCACUUGAAAAAGUGAAUGUCACCGAUGGCGGCGCAGAGGCAAAAGCCCGCAUUUAUUACGACGCAUGCAUAGACACUAACGAGACCAUAGAAAAAAUGGGUGAGAAACCUCUGUUGUCCGUGAUCAAGGAGUUGGGUGGAUGGCACAUUCUACCCAGUACGACAGUGCAGCAUCAUAAAUGGAAUCUGCAGUCGUUACUCCAGGAUGUCCAAAACACAUACAACUUGGGCGGACUUUUCAAUUGGGCUGUUACAGAGGACGACAGAAAUUCCUCUGUUCACGUGAUUGUGUUAGAUCAAGGUGGCCUGAACUUACCGACCCGUGACAAUUAUCUCAACAAGACAGCGCAUAAGAAAGUCCUAGACGCUUACUUAGAUUAUAUGACACGCAUAUGCAUGCUACUUGGAGCCAACAAAACUGAAGCCAGGAUACAAAUGAGCAGAGUGAUUCAGUUUGAAACAGAGCUAGCUAAUAUAACGACACCUUCUGAAGACAGAAGGGACGAGGAAGGAUUAUAUAAUCCGUACACGAUAAGACAGUGGCAGAAAGAAGCGCCUUUUUUGAAUUGGACUCUAUUCUUCAAUAACGCAUUUAGUUUGGUUAACAGAAGUAUAUCGGAUACGGAGAGAAUUGUAGUUUACGCACCGGACUAUUUUAGGAAUCUCACUAAAGUUAUAGCUAAAUACAGCAAAACUGAAGAGGAUAAGAGGACCCUUACGAGUUAUAUGAUGUGGCAAGUUUCCCGGUCUCUGUCGACUUACCUAUCCAAGUCUUUCCGUGACGCCACCAAGAUCUUGAGGAAGGCUCUAUUCGGUUCCGAGGGUACGGAGGAAUCUUGGCGGUAUUGCGUCACUGACACUAAUAAUGCAAUAGGUUUCGCUGUGGGCGCAAUGUUUGUCCGUGAAGUGUUUCACGGAGAAGCUAAAACUCAAGGAGAGAUCAUGAUUGACAACAUUCGGUCAGCAUUUAAAAGAAACCUGGAACACUUGGACUGGAUGGAUUCUGAGACCAGAAACGCUGCUGAGGUAAAAGCUGACGCCAUCACGGAUAUGAUUGGUUUCCCAGACUACAUACUACAUAAGGAAGAGUUGGAUAAGCAGUAUGAAGGCUUAGAGGUGAAGCCAAACGAGUACUUCCAGAACAACAUUGCCUUCAAUAAGUUCAGUCUCACAAAUGAUCUGAAGAAGCUCGAUCAGCCCGUCAACAAAACUAAGUGGGGGAUGACUCCAUCAACAGUGAACGCUUACUACACGCCCACAAAGAAUCAAAUAGUAUUUCCGGCCGGUAUUCUCCAGCUGCCGUUUUAUGAUGGCGACAAUCCAAAGAGUGUGAACUACGGCGCCAUGGGAGUAGUGAUGGGGCACGAGCUGACCCACGCCUUUGAUGACCAGGGGAGGGAAUAUGACAGGUUCGGUAAUCUCAACCAAUGGUGGAACAAUGCUACUAUUGGUCGUUUCAAAAAGAGGGCGGAGUGUAUACAGAAACAAUACUCCGAUUAUAAAAUGGAGGGUCAACAUCUCAACGGCAAACAAACAUUGGGUGAAAACAUAGCUGAUAAUGGUGGACUGAAGGCCGCUUUCCACGCGUACUUGGAUUACAGUAAAACUGCUCGAGUGAAUGUCACGUUGCCCGGCCUCAAUUAUAACCAUAGGCAAUUGUUCUUCAUAUCCUUCGCACAGGUCUGGUGUUCAGCGAUGACCAAGGAGUCUACUAAGAUGCAGAUAGAGAAAGAUGACCACACAAUAGCGAAAUACAGGGUGAUUGGUCCAAUAUCCAAUCUCAAAGAGUUCUCCAAUGAAUUCGGCUGCUCCAUAGGCACCAAGAUGAAUCCUGAACACAAAUGCGAAGUGUGGUAGAGAUCUGAAAAGGACAAGUGAGAAGAGAAUGCAGGGUGACAAUUUUAAAUUCUCUUUACCAAAAUCUGUUUGAGCAUUUUUUAAAGCUGGUCACCGUGACAGUAGUGGAAACAUUUUCUUUGUAUUUGUUUAUUUUCUUUCUCUGAUUAGUAUGAGACGAUAUAUCCUGUGCCUGACUUAUUACAUAGGUGUUUCUUCUAUUCAAUACAAAGAAUUGGUUUUUUUUUGGAAACGGGUCUAAUUAUCCUAUUUUAAAAUCUAUUGUAAUCCCUUUCUAUUUGACAUGUGAUAGCGAUUGCAAUCACGAAAUUAUUUUGAAAAGUUAAGCAUUAGACGCUUACGUUUAAGUUACAAGUUUUUAUUAUUUCUUCUACAUUUAAAUAUUUUUUUUUCGAAAGCACCGCAAUUGCUUUAUACGUUACAUAAUUCCAUAAAUCGCUUUACCUUUGAGGGGGUUCGCGAUGGAAUAUGAAAUUAGACAAUUAGGCCACUGGUCUCAUACGGGUUACAUAAGGGUAUAAGUACGCGGUUGAUCGGGUGUAAUGCGCAUAGUAGACCGUAUCGUGUUUCAUGCCUGAUACGUUAAUAGCACUGUCAUGUCAUGUCACGGUGUAAUUGAAAAACCUUAUAAACAAAUUUUAAUUUUUAGAUUUAUGUCAAUGUGUUUGUAUUAAAAUGAAACACCCUGUAAAGCCAUAUGUUAUCGCUAUAAAGCUUUACUGUGUGCAUAUUUAUUUAAAACAAAAUGAAAGCGAACAAAUGAUUACGAGUCGGUGUAAUAAUUAAAAAACAGUGUUUAAAUUCAACACGACUUUUGGUUACUGCAAAAAGUAGUUGCAUUCAAUUUUGACCUUAACUUAAGGCUUAAAAUCGAAUGGAGAAAUUUGAGAUUUCAUAUUAACCUGAAGUGUUAUCGACUGUACCUAAUUAUUGCAUUUUAUAUCUAGAAUUAAAUUUGUACAUACCUAAUAUAUAUUAAUAUUAUAUUAUAGAGCUUAGCAAUGUUUAUAGUACAGUAACGGGUACAAUUUUUAUAAGGUUCACAUCCAUUAAAGAAGAAAGAGUUAAACCAAAGACAAAUCAAAGAUCCUCAUAAACAAACAAUGGCCGAACGCGAGUCGGACGAUU